UGCUCCAAGCAGAGAUAGUAUCCUUUUAAUUUCCUCACACAGAUAUCUCCCGUGAGAGAAAUACAGAUUAAAAGAUACUCUCAGGCUAUUGUCUUUGUAUGAUCAAGGUUUUCACAACCUUUCUAUGUUCUUAGACCCAUUAAUUAAGAUUUUAUAUCGGCACAUGGCUCAUACAAACUUUAAUUUUCUGGUUGUGCUCUUUCCCUAGUCAGUGUUUAACAAUCUUUAAUACUCUACAUACGCAGUGUGAAUCGUGGAACCUAUUCCAUAGUUUGAUGAGUUUUUGUCAGAAUAUAAUUUAUAGUCGUUUGCUCUGAUUAAAUUAAAAUAGCUCCUUUUACUCCCUAAAAUAAAUAAUAAUUAUUGUUUGCAGUUUAAACCAGUUUUUUCAAGGAUUUCAGCAUUAAGAAUGUUCCACCAAUCAGGUUUAGUGCCAAAUUGGCUGAUUAUCUCUUUGAUCACACUUCUCACAUGCAGAUAUAUUCAAACCCAAGACGCUGAUUAUGAUAACGGUGUUGACGAGAGGUGUAAGACGUUGUAUGACCCAAACAGAUCGGUAUCUUUUGAUUUCGAGUGCAAUAGAUGUUUCUGCAUGAGUUUUGGGGUCGCGGCAUGUACGCGCAAGGUAUGCAGUCGUGGAGACCGCGGGAACAAAACGGAUAAAGCCAAUAAUGGCCCAGAUCCUCGUUGCUUGAGCGGCAAAACUUAUUUCAAAUCUGGCUGCAACUCUUGCUUCUGUGUGUCCAACCCUUUGGUCGUCGCCUGCACCAAGAUGUACUGCCCUAAAGCACCGAAUUCAUCCCCCGUGCGGGCCAUUCCACCCAAGAUCGAUUGCAAAAAAGACCCCCACCCUUCGCAUUGAUACAUUAUUGUGGUACGAACCAAGUGUAAAAAAAUAAAAUGUUUUCACACAUUGAUUUUCCAUGUAAAA